GGGAAAUACGGAGUAAAACACACACUAGGCGGGUAUAUUAAAUGAAGCGGGCUUUUAGGUUAGAAAGAAAAAUCAGACCCGCACCCUAUAUUUUCACUAUCUUCUCUCUCGGCUUUCUUGUUGCCGCCAUAGCCGAUUCACCGCCAUCACGCAGAUCCGAAUUCUCCACUCAGCUGGCUAUUGCGACUUGCGAGGACUCAUCCCUAUUACUAAACGUAUCAAUCGUUUGUUGUAAGAUUCGUUUAUAUCUAAUUAUAUAUCUCUCUUCUCUAAUUUCAGAUCGUUUUUUCUUCUAUACUUUAUUUCAAUAGUCACAAAUCUUCUGGUUUGCGAGCACAUUCAGAGAUUCAGGUGAGCUUUAUGUGUACUAAAGUUUUUCCUUCAUUAACAUCGUAUUAACACUUUUUUCAGCACAUUUAGAAGGUUUUAUGUGUAUUUCAGUUUUUCGUGACGUUUGCUUUGUAUAAAUAAAAUUUCUAUGUAGGAUGUGGCAUAUUCUAAAACCUACACCUAUUAUCUGUAAUUAUUUUCUUAAAGAGGAACUAAGAAGUUUUUCCCUGUGUUGAAAUUGAUUUUGAAGCAUGUGGAUGAUGCUCUUUUUUCGAGAAUUUCAAAUCUGCUCCGCUUAAUUUAGUUUGGAUGUAUAUUUGCUAAAUUUAAAAAUUGUAGAACGAUAAGAUGUUCGUAAUCUGGAAUAUUAACACAAAUUUUAUCUUAUCCUUUGUCUUUUAUCUGUCUGCCUCCAUUCCUGAAAAGUUGCCCACUAAUUUUUUCUUAUGGACUCAGAAACUUGCUAUUCAAUUGAGAAAAAUCAACUAACAAAUGCUCUGUAUAUUUGAGUUUUCUUUAAGGCCAAUCUUCUCACUUUAUGACCAUUCAGCCAAUUCCUCAUUUAAUGAGUUUCUUUAUCUUGGGUUUGCAUUAUCAGUGCUUAUUAUUUUAUUUUGAUGGAGUGUAAGUUUUUUCAUUGUAAAUUUUAGUAAAGGACGAGUUAUUCAGUUUUCAUGUCAUGAACAAAAAGAAGCAGGUCUCCAGACAUUAUAAUGUGAUUUGGAAAUGUUUACAUUUGUGUUGAUCUUUAUAUGUAGUACUAUUUGUCUUCCAUGUUUCUCUCAUUACGUUAUUUAUUUUUUGAAUAAAAUAUUUCACUCUAAUAUUGGAACCAAUGUUGAAAUUUGUGUGAAAUGGCUAUGAGUAUGAUGGGAGCACGACCGUACAUAUGUUCUUGGAUGGUGAGCGAGGUGAAUGGCUUGGUGGAUUCCAGUAUAUUGCGUACGCAAACGUCACGCUCCAAUCCGAAGGGGACAAGUUUUCUGCCACUCUCUCACAAUGUUCUAUUGAAACCGGUUUCUAUGUUCAGAGUUAUAUGUCUGUGGGGGAUCCAAUUAGGAAGAAGAGGGAGAAUGAAGAGGAAGGGGCAGUGGAAAACCUAACUGAGAAACUGCUCUUGCUUAACUUAUCACUUAUGGAAUGGUAUAAAAAAUUGAAGAUUAUCAAUCUCCUAGCUAGGCCUUAUGUAAUUUAAUGAAGUUACCCUGUUUUUUCUUUUUUAGAUAGCACUCUGUAUGUAACUAGUUUACUGUACACUGAGAUAUUGAAUUAUCCGUAUGCUACUAAUUUGUUUUGUAUCAAUUGACAUAUGUAAAGAGUCUUUGUUAUUGGAAGC